GACAGUUUUGACCGUUUUCGAACAAAAGUGUUCUCUCUGUCUAAUCGUUCUCAGUUAUUCCCACGCUGAGAUAGCAACGCGAGAGAUUGCGAGUACGACGGCGGCUUUAUUUUUUCUCAGUCAAGAAACGGUCAGAGAUUUGACCGUACAAACUCAUACGCUGCACUCUCAUAACCGGCGGUUCUGUACAUUUGUGUGCGUGCAUGUUAACCGAUUUUAUUUUCUAUAACGCGUCGCUGACUCUUCUUUACAUUCUUCAUCGUAUUUUACCUUCGUUUAGUGUUAUUGUGGUUUCAUGUCAACUUGCGAACAGGCAGAAGUUUUGUGUGAAGUUUAUGGUUUUAUGUGAACAUUUUGAUUUUUUUUUUAAAUGUCGGAUAUAAAACGUGCACGGAAAAGUGGAAGAUUUUACCGGCGGUCGAACAAGUUUAAGGCGCUGAAUCCAUCAGUUGAAAUUGGACAAGAAGCGACACAAGCUGAAACAUGCCCCCAAUCGUUACCUUUAGAUCUAUUUGAAGAUGAAUCUACAGUACCACCAAUUGGUAUAAAUGAACCCCAAAUUGAGGACGAAGAUGAACCAUUGGUAGAUUACAUGUUUUCUGACAAUGAUGAUGAGGAUGACGAUAGUUUUUUGAAAAAUGACAAUGCUCUAACGCUGGAUAAGUUGUCCGUAGUAGACGGAAUUCGAUAUUGGGCAUUGUCAACAAAUGCCACGCAUAAGUCCAUUGACAUGGUGUUAAAGUUAUUCCGAAAGGUUAAUGUAAAAGUCCCUGCAACUGCUAAAACCUUGCUGCAAACGAAACGAAACGCAUCGUCAGAAAUAAUGGAAAUUGGAGGAGGACAAUUUUGGUACCAUGGCAUUAAAAAGUGUUUGUGUAAUUACUACCGAUACGACAAGCCGCCAUCGAAGCAACUGACGCUGACUAUAUCCAUUGAUGGAUUACCGUUGCAUAACAGUUCUGCAAUGCAAUUCUGGCCAAUACUUUUUAAAAUAGUAGAGGAUUCAAAAGCACCGGUAAUGACUGCUGCUAUUUUUUGCGGCUAUAAAAAACCAGAGAGCACCGAACAGUAUCUCCGCCCAAUGGUUGAGGAAUUGAAUGAUUUAAUAUCCAAUGGUUUAGACAUGCACGGUGAAAAUGUCGCCGUUAAGCUUUUGGCCAUAGUUGCUGACACGCCGGCAAGGUCGUUUGUGAAAGGUGUUACUAGCCACACCGGCUACGGAAGCUGUUUAAAAUGUACUAUCGAAGGAGAGUAUUUGGGCCAUAAAGUUACAUUUGUCGGUUUAAAUGCUCCAAAACGAACAGACCAAGCAUUCAGAAAUGACGCUUAUCCCGGACACCGCAAAGUGCACACCCCUCUGUUGGACAUUCUAUUUUUCGACAUUAUUGAAGAUAUAUGUGUAGCAGAUCGGAUGCAUCUUAUUGACUUAGGAGCAACAAAGCGGUUGCUUCUGGGAUGGCGAGACGGUACAUUGGGCAUAAAACGAUGGACGGAAAAACAAUGCAAACGGAUUUCGGAGGCUUUUCAAAAAGUACUAAAACCUCUUGAAGUACAUAGGAAACAACGCCAUCUCAAAUACCUCAAUCAUUGGAAAGCAUCCGAGUGCGCAUUUUUUUUGCAUUACGCGUCAUUUGUCAUCAUUAAAGAUCAUCUGCCUGUUGAGGUGUACAAACACUUCAUGCUACUGUUUUGUGCCAUUACACUGUUUUCUUCAACAGUUCAUAAAAGUAAAUGGCACGUUGCAGGUCAGUUACUAAACAAAUUUGUUGAAAACUUCCCUAGCGUGUAUGGCAGACAGUACAUGACAAGCAAUUUUCAUAAUUUGCAACAUAUUUAUGAUGAAAUGCUCAGGUUUGGGUCACUAUCACUAAUUUCGACAUAUCCUUUUGAAAACCAUCUUCAAUUUUUGAAACGUCUUCUCCGUAGUGGAUGGAAGAGCUUGGAACAAGCCAUUAACAGACUCGCAGAGUUGGAUGAAUUUAAGAUUCCUAAAAGUAAAGAUGCUUGUUAUCCAUUAAUAAGUGAAAAAAAGAAAACAAUCAGUGUAACUGUAAGAGAAGAUUUUGUAUUGCAAAAUGACCAAAGAAAUUGUUGGUUUUUAACAAAAGACAAUAGUAUCGUUAAAUUUCAUUCGGCAAAUCAUGUUUUAGAAACAGGUAACAACAAAAUAUGUAUCAGAGGACCAAAACUAAAUUCGAAAGAGUUAGUGUUCGAUGACCCAAUUGAAUCAAGUGAAAUGUUUAUAUUCAAAAGCUUCAAUAAUGCUUUGUCAGAAACUACGUUCGAAACAUACACUGAUCAAAUACUGUGUAAGUUAGUAGCUCUUCCAACCAGCUCUGUGCAAGAAAUAGUGUUUGUUCCUUUAAUACACACAUUGAUAGAGUAGAUGUGCUUUGAAUUCAAUUUAGAUAAUAAAUAUGUAGUUCAUUUCAUGAGAAGUAUCACAUUUAUUUACCCAUAUAUGCAAUGAAACUAAAUAAGAUCUUAAUUAGUGUAUAGCAAAUUAUUUAAGAAAGA